UAGCAGGGAAAUGGACACAUGUUGAGUGAUCUUCAGGAGGAAGGAGGGCACAAAAAAGGCAGUUGCAGCAGUGUGCAUUCUGUGGACCCCUGGCUGGAGGCAAGCAGCUCUCCUUCUCAGCAGCUGCAAGGUUAUGCCACGCCUCAGACUUAUUGGAUGCCUGUUAAUGAAAGAGAAGGGUUGAUACUUGCCCAAACAUUGCAUGACGGCCCAUAGAUCAUAAACCAAGAUGGCAGCUGGGAACACUGCUCCUGUGGGAGGUAUCUUCACUAAUGUGCAGCAGGAUGGUGGGGAUGAUGAGGCAGCCUUUCCUGGCACAGAGGAUGACGAGGAUUUGGACAAGACCUUGGCUGUUGAACGGUUUGGAGACCUGAUCAGCAAGUCUGCAUUACAAGACCAGGAAAAGCAAGGCCGCAGCUACUGUGAGACCGACUUUGAAUUCCAUCGUCAAACAUCCCACCACAUCCAUCACCCCCUGUCUACCCACCUGCCUCCACCCCCCAAGACCCAGAAGAGGCGUCUCCACUCUAAUAGGAAAAAGAAAAAAAAGAGAAAGGCAAGGAAGAUGUCUAUGCCUCCCUCCAAAGUCACUCCAACCAUCCAGGAGGAAGAAGAAGAGGAGGAGGAAGAAGAAGCAGAAUCUGAAGGGGAAGAAGUUCUAGAGAAGGAAAUCUCAGCCGAGUCUGACACUGAAUUGUCUCCCAAAGAGAGGUCUUUUGGCACAUUAACAGCAGGACUGACUGAAAGAAGUGUUGAGUUUACCAUUGGGACUGAUGAGGCUAAAGAAGAAGAGGAGGAAGCUCAUGGCACCCAACGCACUUUGUCAUUUCAUGUGGCAGAAGAAUACAGUAACCUCUCCCCAAUCCCAUGUUUCUCCAGCUUGCUGCCAGAGAAAGGGCCUACCUUUUCCAGUAGCUUUCCUGAAUACAGAGAUAAUAUAUCUCGGGGAUGGGAUAAGCGCAGACCAUGGAGUCAGGUGCCAAGUGGGCAGCGGUCAAACUACGACCUGAAGGAGAGAGUGUGCAUUGGUAGCAUGACUGCUGUAGAGAAUGCCACAUACCAACGAAUCCCCACUGAUGAAGCUGAAGCUCAGAUGCUGGCUUCUGCUGACCUUGAUGAUAUGAAAAGCCACCGUUUUGAAGAUAAUCCAGGAGUAAGGAGACAUCUGGUUAAGAAACCAUCCCGGAGCCAAACUAACAGAUCCAGCAAAGCAUCUUUGCCCUCACAGUCUUUCAAGAAAAAGAAGAAGAAAAAGAAGUUUGACCGAAAGCCCCAUGAGGUGUUUGUGGAGCUGAAUGAAUUAGUAGUGGACAAGAACCAGGACAUGCACUGGAAGGAGACAGCACGCUGGAUCAAAUUUGAGGAGGAUGUAGAAGAGGAUACGGCACGCUGGGGGAAGCCUCAUGUUGCCUCACUCUCUUUUCGCAGCCUUUUGGAGCUCAGGAAGACUAUUGCCCAUGGAGCUGUUUUGUUGGACCUGGAGCAAACAACAUUACCAGGCAUUGCUCAUCUGGUGGUAGAAACUAUGAUAAUCUCAGAUCAGAUCAAAGCUGAAGACAGAGCCAAUGUCCUAAGGGCCCUGCUGCUCAAGCAUAGCCAUCCCAAUGAUGAGAAGGAGGCAUUCUUCCCCCGGAACCAUUCCAACUCCAGCAUGAAUUCUAUAGUGGGAAACCAUCAUCUCAAUCACAAUCACACAGUUGACACUUGCAUGCCAUUGAUGGGAGAAGAGCGGAUUGAGAUGACAGAACCGCGAAUCCAUGACCCUGAGUACAGAGAGAAAAACAUGCACCUUCACAGCUCUGAGGGACAUCGUGGCAAAUACCUCAAAUUGAUGGAGAAGAUUCCUGAUGAUGCUGAGGCCACUGUGGUGCUUGUUGGUUGUGCUGAAUUCCUCGAACAACCAUCAAUGGCUUUUGUCCGUUUAAACGAAGCUGUGUUCCUGGAAUCAGUCCUGGAAGUUCCAAUUCCUGUUCGCUUCAUCUUUGUCUUGCUAGGGCCAAGCCAGUCCAAUGUGGAUUACCAUGAGAUUGGACGUUCAAUCUCAACUCUCAUGUCAGACAAGCAUUUCCAUGAAGCUGCUUACAUGGCAGACGACCGCCAAGAUCUGCUUAAUGCCAUCAAUGAGUUCCUAGACUGUAGCAUUGUCAUUCCUCCAUCAGAAGUAGAAGGGAAAGAUUUGCUCAAAUCAAUUGCCACCUUCCAGAAAGUGCUGCUGAGGAAGAGAAGAGAGCGGGACCAGAAGAAGUCCAUCAAAGAAACAAACUUUCAGGAAUCCAAAGAGCUAUGUGAGGUGAAAGUUGAAGAAGAAGAAGAAGAGGGCGAGGAGGAGGAGGAUGACCCUCUGAAGCGCACCGGCAUUUUCUUUGGUGGUUUGGUGCGGGACAUAAAGCGCAGGUACCCCAAGUAUCUGAGUGACCUCAGAGAUGCCCUGCACAGCCAGUGCCUCGCAGCCGUGCUAUUCAUCUACUUCGCUGCUCUCUCUCCUGCCAUCACCUUUGGGGGACUGCUAGGUGAGAAGACAGAUGGUCUCAUGGGUGUUUCAGAAUUGAUUAUCUCCACAUCAGUGCUGGGCAUGCUCUUUUCACUUCUGAGUGCGCAGCCACUCCUUGUCAUUGGUUUCUCAGGGCCCCUGCUGGUCUUUGAAGAAGCUUUUUACAAGUUUUGCCAGAGCCAGGAUAUCGAGUAUUUGACAGGUCGGGUGUGGAUUGGCUUGUGGCUCAUUGUCUUCAUUGUCAUCAUUGUAGCUGCUGAAGGCAGCUUCUUAGUGCGCUACAUUACACCCUUCACCCAGGAGAUCUUUGCCUUCCUCAUCUCCCUCAUCUUCAUUUAUGAAACGUUCUACAAGCUGUACAAGAUAUUUGCAGAACAUCCUUUGUUGCGGUUCUAUCCACCGUAUCUUCAAAGGAAUCUGAAUUCUAGCACAUUACCUGCUGAUUCUGUGGCUCUUGAUAUCCGAAUGCAACCCAACACGGCCCUUCUUUCCCUCAUCCUCAUGUUGGGGACCUUUUUCAUUGCCUUCUUUAUGCGCAAAUUUAAGAACAGUCGUUUUUUGGGAGGAAAGGCCCGGCGAAUCAUUGGAGAUUUUGGAAUCCCUAUCUCCAUACUUGUCAUGGUUCUGGUAGACUAUACUAUUACCGAUACAUAUACACAGAAGUUGAACGUGCCCUCAGUGCUGUCAGUUACAGCCCCAGAUAAACGGGGUUGGUUCAUCCAUCCUUUAGGGAGCCAGCGGGCCUUCCCCCUCUGGAUGAUGUUGGCUUCUGCCAUUCCUGCACUACUGGUCUUCAUCCUUAUCUUUAUGGAAACCCAGAUCACCACUCUGAUUGUCAGCAAGAAGGAACGGAAGCUGAUGAAGGGGUCAGGCUUCCAUCUUGAUUUGCUGCUUAUUGGGACAAUGGGAGGACUUUGUUCCCUUCUGGGGUUGCCUUGGCUCACGGCUGCCACUGUCCGCUCCAUCACUCAUGUCAAUGCCCUCACUGUAAUGAGCAAGGCCAUAGCGCCUGGUGAGAAGCCAAAGAUCAAGGAAGUGAAAGAACAGCGUGUGACGGGAGUGCUCAUCGCAGGCCUUGUUGGUCUGUCCAUUGCCAUGGGAAAUAUACUGCGUCAGAUUCCAUUGGCGGUGCUGUUCGGGGUUUUUCUGUAUAUGGGCGUGACUUCAUUGACUGGCAUUCAGUUAUAUGAACGGCUCCUCCUUAUCUUCAUGCCAUCCAAGCAUCACCCUGAUCACGUUUAUGUUAUCAAGGUGAAGACUUGGCGAAUGAAUCUCUUCACAUGCAUCCAACUAGCCUGCAUUGUGUUGCUGUGGGUGGUAAAAUCCACAGUGGCAUCACUGGCUUUCCCAUUUGUCCUGAUCAUGACAGUUCCUCUGCGGCGAUUCCUGUUGCCACGUUUCUUCCAUGAAAGAGAACUCAAAGCGCUAGACUCAGAGGAUGCGGAGCCAAACUUCGAUGAAGAUGGGCGAGACGAGUACAAUGAACUUCACAUGCCAGUAUAAGUAAGCUGGUACGUGUCUUCUGGCCUUGGUUACUUCCUGGCUUUGUGGAAUAAGCUGUUUUCCUCAUGCUCUUCCUGAAUUACCACCAAUAAGCAGUGGCUUUUGAACUGAUUGUAGGUCUAGUCCAACUGGCAACUGAGUCACAACCCUCCCAGGGGCUCCAGACCACAAGAGAACUUGGGCAAGCCAGAGCAAGAGGAGUUGCUGCCUUCUUCUGGACAGACACGGAAUAUAACUCCAGCCACUAUCACCCAUGCUCCUUCUGAACAGACCUUGCUGUAUUAGUGCUGUGCCAUAUAUUGACCUGAGUAGACACCUUAGCCAGUUGUUUUUAGCCUCCUCUCUGGAGAAGUCAAGUGGGGAAGACAGCAGCAGGUUAACAAAGGAAGAGGCAACUAAACCUUCCAGAUUGUUAAGCCCAAUGCUACGCUUUCAGAAUUAACAGUUUUCUGGGGUGGUAGCAGGAAAUGGAGGAAUAGCUGGUGUUUCCUUAUUGAACUUUAGCCAUUUAGUCUCAUGAACAUUCAAGAGAGUGCACUCCAUCGGCUCUUCUGCACGAUAUCCUUGCCUGGGAUUUCAUGUUCAUGGGAAACUUUGAUCCUUUCCUUUUGAGGAACGGCAGUAAGGAUUGUUGAAGACCACGCGUUGCAGUGUGUACCAGCAAAGUUUUCAGGACCCUGAUUUGCUCAGCAAGUAGAAUGUGGUAUUUGUGCAAUAUUCAUGGGUACAUGCAUCUGUUUGGGCACAGAACUGUGCCUGUGUGUGCCAUUUCUUUGGGUGUCCAAAGUGUUGAUGGUGAUCUGGGAAGCAGAUCCAUUCACACAGGGAAGGAAGAAGUGCAGGUAAAAUUUGACAGUACAGCCUGGAUACCAGGAACAAACUGACUAAUGAUGGAAUGAAAAUUGUAUGAUCCAUAUAGUUCUAACAGUGAGAUAACCCAAAACGAUUUUACGAUUUUACACUAUUCUCUCCUCUUUGACAAAGGGAGUCAGACAUGCAACCAAACAACUAGGGAUCUCAGGAGCUAAGGCUGGAAGCUGAUCUGGUUAAUUAUCUGGUCCACCAAGCCUGCUUGUUGUACUCAGUCACCUCCUUUCCACUUAAUAUUCUUCCAUGCUUUACCCUCCUUGCUCCUCUUGCUUUGUUCUUUAGUCUUUCCAUGGUCAUUGCAUUAUCAGUUCAAUACUUCUUUAAGCAGCCCUAGCUAGGCCAACAGUCACAUCUCCAGAAAAGCUACUGAUGGCUUGGCCUUGACAAUUAGUGAACUAAGAUGUCUCUAGGGGAGAGCUAAAAUAUUCUGCAUUUGUAGUUUUGAAGCACUGUGCUGUAUGAGCUCUCCUCAGGGAUAAAGGAUUAUCUUCAUUUGCCUCUUGAUAUGUCAAAGCAAUAGUUUCUAGCUUCUGGAUUUUACCUGACCCUAAAACCUUCUGCCUUUCUCUCAAGUCCAUAACAUCCUUGUAUCUCCCACUGACAACUGCCUAGUUCUCCUUUUCUUUAGUUCUGCUACUUUCUUCUACAACUGCCAUGUAAAGAUCAGAUUUUGUGAUAGGACUAAACUGCAUGAAAGAUGCACUGGCUUUGUUCACUAAAUUUGAACUUUCAGAAUCUGAAAAGCCUUCUCCUUUUUGAACUGCAUUCAUUCAGUCAUGGACAUUGCUUGAUCCAUAGGCCAAGCGUAUGCCCAAACACCAUGCAGCAGAAGUUCAGUGCAAGGUUGCAGUAGUGCUGUCCUACUGGAUCAUUAUGCAGGGACUCUAGUGAACUGUGAAGUCCUGUUCCAUAAAUCUGUUCUAUGAGAUUAUGUAAGUGGAAUAAAAGGUAUACACAAAAGGGCCAACCUUGACUCUUGCCUCUAGUGAGGCAGAGAGCCAUAUGGCAUAAAAAUUUGUUUCGUGGCACUGCUCUGGUCCGUUGCCUCUCUCCAUCAAUAAAAUGGAGGCUGUCCUGACCCACCUACCUCAGGGGUUGCCUGUUGAGGGAUGGAUUGUCAUGAGGCCAUAGACAGAUUCCUCUAUUCAUUCCCAGCUGGCUGCCAGCCUACCCCACCCAUAGACAGUGACCUCCAUCGUGCCCUGUGUAGCAAACCUGAACUGUUGGGGCAGAGACCCCGGUACAACUCUUCUGAAUGUAAUAGGAAGGAUAUGGCUGCCACCAAUAAACCCUUCACUGGUA